GUGGAUAUCGGUUUUCGCCGUUUUCGUAGUUUUCGCCGGUGUUGUUGAAAGCGCAUGGCAUGAAAUUCACGCAACCGUUUGCAAGUCGUCGCAGUCCCCGUUUCACGCUUUUGAAUUGUAAUGUUGCUACUGAAGACACCUAGAUAGCAGUAAAGGUGUCAGUUUUAUUUAUGACACUCGCUCGACGGUUUCCGAAAGUAUAUUUUAGUCGUAGUUCAAUUCGUCCACUAUGGAAAGUCCUGUUUUAUGGGUCGGAUAACUUUUCCCUGAAAACUUUGACUUUGCUGAACGAAAACAGGCAGAAGAGAACAUCCCAUCCUCAAGUUGUAGGCAGCUUGGCUGUAGUGUGUCCAAAGUUCAAGAGCCCCGUCCGCGACUAUGCUGCCCAAGAAAGCCUCCCAUUCAACGAGUGGCCCUGCAGUAUCCCUCCUGACACAUUCGACCUUGGUGUCGUGGUGUCCUUUGGGCACAUGAUUCCUGCUGCUGACAUCGAAGCAUGCAAAUACGGGAUGAUCAAUGUCCACCCAAGCCUCCUGCCGCGUUGGAGGGGUGCGGCGCCCCUCGUUCACACGCUGCUGGCCGGGGACACCACAUCUGGAGUCUCGGUGAUAACGGUCGCACCCAAGCGUUUCGACACGGGAAAGAUUGUUGCGCAGCAAGAAGUUUCUGUUCCACCUCGAGUUCACCUGGCUGCCUUCACUGACAUAAUGGCUGACAUUGGUGCUAGCAUGCUGUUGUCGUGCUUACAGGAUCUUCCCCUUUUGCUUUCUCAAGCUCGUGAACAACCAUCUGAAGGAAUGACAAAAGCUGCUAAAGUCACCCAGUCCAUGGGGGUCAUCUGCUGGGACUCCCAUACCAGCGAGCACAUUGACAGAUUGUACAGAGCACUCGGCAACUUUGCUACUUUGACUACAUUCUGGAAAGGAGCAAAGAUCAAGCUUUUUGACAUGGUUGACCCAGAAGAGGUUGCAAGUGCCAAGCUAGAUCAACUGGUGAAGGGUCGUGCCAUAAGACCCGGCUACUGUUACUAUCAUGCAAGGCGAAGAAUCCUGUGUUUCAAGUGCAAGGACGGCUGGAUCGCAUUCCGGAAGGUGUCUUUGAAAGGGCACAAGAAAAUGACAGCAACUGAGUUUGAUUGUGGAUUCUUAAACAAGGUGCCUCCUCAAGAACACAUCUUUGCAAAAGAAGAUUCACCUGAGUAGGCUACAUGUCCCAAUAAGGAGGCACUUCACAGGUUACUAUUUCAUGAAAUGUGUUGUACAUAGACGGUUGUCCUUUACUGAAUUUUCACUCAACAAAACACUCUACAGCAACUACCGGAAAACUGUUGUGAGAAUAAACAUCUACUGAAUUAUGUA